AACCCAACAAGCAAAAGAGAGAGAGAAACAAUCCAAAGCUUGUCCCAUUGCUUCCUCCCUCCUUUCUUGUUUGACUCUGAACCAGAUGUUUUUUUUGACAGGGUCAUCAACAAACCCCACCUCUUCAUUGUUCACGCUCCCAGAUUGUCCUAAAGAAUAUAAUUUUUUAUUUUUGGUAAGCGCUAAACAGAUAGACCUAACAACUCAGUCUUGAACGAGCCUUACUACACGUUUUGAUAUUGGGUCAGAACAAUAUGUAUUAAGAUGGUGGUGGAUGAGAAGAUGCAGAGUUUUGACUUUGGAAAAGGAAUGAGAGGUGGCAGAGAAAUGGCAAGCAAGAACCUCCGGUUGCUCUUGUUUCUGGUUCUCUUCUGUUCUUGGAUUCAUUUGAUUUGCUCUACUACAAACCCUAAUGACCAAGCUGUUCUUUUAGCCCUGAAAGCCCAGUGGCAGAACACACCAUCCAGCUGGGGCAAGUCCAGUGAUCCUUGUGGACUGCCUUGGGAUGGAGUCACCUGCGACAGUAAUUCAAGAGUGACCGGAUUGGGGUUAUCUGGCAUGAAUAUCAAAGGGACGCUGCAAGCCGACGUAGGGGGGCUCACAGAACUCACUUCUUUGGAUCUUUCCUUUAACCAGGGUCUCACCGGACCGAUCCCUUCACAGUUGGGAAAUCUCCAGAAGUUGAAUAUCUUAAUCUUGGCUGGAUGUGGCUUCAGUGGUAGUAUUCCCGAUGCACUGAGCAACCUUUCGGAGCUGACUUUCUUGGCGCUAAAUUCCAACAAUUUUAGCGGUAACAUACCUGCUUCUUUGGGUAAACUCUCCCAACUGUACUGGUUUGACGUGUCGGAAAAUCAGUUAACUGGAUCGCUACCAGUUUCAACAGACACCACCCCAGGGUUGGACCUUUUGUUCAAUUGUAAUCACUUCCACUUCAGCAAGAACCAACUGUCCGGCAACGUACCAAAUAAACUGUUCAGUUCAAACAUGUCUCUGAUACACAUAUUGUUUGAUGAUAACCAAUUUACUGGUUCUAUACCAUCCACAGUAGGCCUUGUUCAGACACUCGAGGCUCUCCGACUCGAUAGGAACUCCUUUUCUGGAAACGUCCCUUCAACUCUCAACAACCUUACACAACUCAGUGAACUGAAUUUAGCACGUAAUGGAUUGAAUGGUCCUUUGCCAAACUUAACGGGGAUGACAUCACUCGGUUACAUUGACCUCAGCAACAACUCUUUCACGGCUUCAGCAGCUCCAGAUUGGUUCUCAACUUUAUCAUCUCUCACCACUCUAAUCAUACAAAAUGGACCGCUUCAAGGGACUGUACCACCAAACCUCUUCGGCCUUCCCCAGCUAGAGCAAGUUGAUAUGAGUAACAAUGCUUUCAACGGAACGCUGAACAUGAGUACCAGCAUCAGUCCCCAAUUGCAGCUCGUUAAUUUGGAAGACAACCAGAUUGAAUCGCUGACGACCGGUUCCUACAAAAAUGCAUUAAUACUAAUAGGAAACCCGGCAUGCACUAAUGCGCCUGUCCUCUCAACCACGAGCUACUGCAGAGUUCAGCAGCAACAAGCUUAUUUUACCCCAACCAGCUGCGGUGGUGCAUCAUGUCCCUCUAAUCAGAGGCUUAACCCCGGAAGCUGCACAUGUGCAGUUCCAUACAAUGGAAAUUUGAUAUUUAAAGCUCCAUCAUUCAGUGAUUUGUCCAAUUCCGCUCUGUUUCAAUCGUUGGAAGUGGACCUGUGGCAGACAUUGAACCUAAGUAAUGGUUCAGUUUCUCUUCAGAAUAUCGGCUUUGAUACAAGCAGUGGCUAUCUUAUAGUACCUGUGUCUUUCUUUCCAUCUAAUGGGACGUACUUCAGCAAGUUAGACAUUCAGAGGAUCGGAUUCGAUUUGACUAACCAAACUUUUAAGCCGCCACCCAGUUUCGGUACCUAUCUCUUCAGCGCAUAUCCUUAUCCAUUCCCAGGUAACAACGUAAGCAUCAGCAAAGGCGUCCUAGCAGGGAUUGCCGUUGGCUGCGCAGUCCUGAUUCUUGGACUUGUGGGGUCAGCUAUUUACGCUAUUCAACAGAAGAAACGAGCACAGAGAGCAACGGAAUUAAGUAGACCAUUUGCAUCCUGGAUACCGAAAGGAAGUGAUGGCGGAGGAGCACCACAGUUGAAGGGGGCGAGGUGGUUCUAUUUCGAUGAAAUCAAGAAGUGCACCAAUAGUUUUUCUGAAAGUAAUGAGAUAGGCUCCGGGGGCUAUGGAAAGGUCUACAAAGGAAUGCUUCCCGAUGGUCAAGUGAUGGCAAUCAAAAGAGCUCAGCAGGGGUCGAUGCAGGGCGCGAAUGAGUUCAAGACAGAAAUUGAGCUACUUUCUCGAGUCCAUCACAAGAAUCUUGUUGGCCUCGUCGGCUUCUGUUACGAACAAGGAGAGCAGAUGUUGGUCUAUGAAUAUAUGCCUAAUGGGUCACUUAGGGAGAGCUUAUCAGGGGAAACUGGCAUACAUCUUGAUUGGAAGAGGAGGCUGCAGAUCGCUCUCGGCUCUGCGAAAGGACUGGCAUAUCUACAUGAGCUCGCGAAUCCCCCAAUAAUUCACAGAGACGUUAAGUCCACGAAUAUCUUGCUGGAUGAAAAUUUGGUGGCUAAAGUUGCGGACUUUGGCUUGUCUAAAAUGGUGGCGGACAGCGAGAAAGGACAUGUUUCAACACAAGUCAAAGGCACACUGGGCUAUUUGGAUCCAGAGUACUACAUGACCCAGCAACUAACAGAUAAGAGUGACGUUUAUAGUUUUGGGGUCGUGAUGCUUGAACUGAUAACCUCGAUGCCGCCAAUAUACAAGGGCAAGUACAUCGUCCGCGAAGUCCGCACGGCGAUGGACAAAAACGACCAAGACUAUUACGGACUACGCCAAGUCAUGGAUCCGUCCCUUCGCAACAUGGGGCGUCUUGCAGGGUUCGCUCAGUUCCUGGAGUUAGCAAUGCGAUGCGUGGAGGAAUCAUCCAGCAACCGUCCCAGGAUGAACGAAGUCGUGAAGGAAAUCGAGACGAUCUCGCAAACCGACGGGAUCGCCACGAGCACGACGUCCGCGUCCUCAUCCGCCACGGACUUUGUAGCAUCAAACACUGGUGCUCCUAGACAUCCUUUGUACACUGAUGUUUCACUCAAUAGCAAGGAUGUUGGUUACAGCAAUUCGUUCGAUUACAGCGGCGGGUUCGCGCUUUCGACGAAGAUCGAACCAAAGUAACUGUGGAUCGCACGAGUCACAUACUUGUUCCUUUCUCUUUAGGUUAAAUGUUCAAAUACCUCUUGGUGCAUCAGGUUCUUCUGGGUAAUGUAACUUUUUUUGACAUUUUCAUGAUGCAUUAAUACGUGCUUACGGAUUGUGGAA